AUUAGUAAUAUUAUAUGUGAUCCGCACAUGCAUGAUGCAACCAUAUGCCUCUAGUUUCAGUCAACGAAGGCAUCCAAACCAUUAAUCUAUACUCUCUCCAACACCGAAGUUAAAAUUCUCAGGAAAAAUGGCCGGCGCCGACGCCGACGCCGACGCCGACGCCGACGCCGACGCCGAUGCUGCUCCGACCUGCAACCGCGAAGCCGAGCUGAAGCAAUUCGACGACACGAAAGCCGGCGUGAAAGGCCUCGUCGACGCCGGCGUCUCCACCGUCCCGCGAAUCUUCCGCCACCCUCCCGAAGACCUGCCGAGACUCUCCGCCGCCGCCGCCGACUCGGAUGAUCAGGCAGCUCUCCGAGUUCCGGUCGUCGAUAUCGGAUCCAUCGGCUGCUGCCGCCGCCGCCGUGCGGAGGCCGUCGACGCCGUCCGCGAGGCGGCGUCGCGGUGGGGGUUCUUCCAGCUGGCGAACCACGUCGUGCCGAGCUGCGUGACGGACGGACUGAUCGGAGGGGUGAAGGGGUUUCAUGAGGAGGAUGCGGAGGUGAAGAAACGGUUCUACAGCCGCGAACGUGAGAGGAAGGUGAAGUACGCGUCCAACUUCGAUCUGUACCAGUCGGCGGCCGCCAAUUGGCGGGACACGCUCACUUGCGUCUUCGAUGGCUCGCUCGAUCCCGCCGAUGAUCUCCCCCAGAUCUGCAGG